UAUAUUCUCUUGCAACGUGGAAGGAUAACAGGAUUUGGCGAGAAUGGCUAUGGCGGCGGCAACUAUGGAGGCACGCCACAGUGAAAUUCGCCAGUUUUCACUCCAGCAGGCAGACAAAAAUGUCUCUACGAAAUGCAGCGCUGCUAGCCGGAGAUUGAGCUUAGUUUCACUCGCAGUGGCCAUCACAGCUUGCUCGCAGAAGAUCGACACGGCCCAAGCAUUUUCUUUGGGGACUUCAGGACCAAAGGAAUGGCUCAAACAACAGAAGAAACGAACAGCAGAUUUUUUGCUGGUACCAAUUGCUCGCUCACGAGAACGUUUGGAGAGUGCGUUUCUUCUUUUCAGUUCGUCAAAUCCAUUAGAAGCGGGAAAUCUCAUCAGGAUUGCUGCUCGUGAUUGCAUCCCCGUGGAAGCUGGAUCAAUCUUGGAUCUUCAGAGCCGCACAGGUGUAGAGGUGUGUACAUUUAGACUCCUUGUCAAGAAUGCGGCGUCUUUGCUCGAUAACUCUGAUCCAGUUAAGAUCAAGGCCUACUUGGCAUUGGAAAAUCUGAUAAGGUCAUUCACGUAUUUAGAUGAGUCUGUGACAGCCCCUACUUCAUCGACUGAAGUAGCAAAUGCUUUCGAGCUUACAUACGCUGCACUAAGCACAUUCGAAGCAGGAAUUCGGGCCUGUCUUGGCAUUGCAUAAAUCUUAUGUAGAAAUUCAAAGAUUUCACAAGUAUAAACUUUGUUGAACAGGAGAAAAUGCUUUCGAGCUUACA